AUGGACGCCCGGCUGGACGUUCUGCGUUCUGUAGCCGAGAUUCACCUCGCUGGGGUGAUGCACAACGAUGUCAACGAUGACAACAUUUUAUUUACGUCCACUCCCAACGGCAAGCCCCGGAUUGUCGACUUCGAAUACGCCGAGAAGCACAAAUGUCGGCGUGAGCUCGAGAUUGUCGAAGGUGCCCCCGCCCCACCACGUGCCCUUUUCGGGUGCCCAGAGCUCUGGGAUCUCGCUAUUAGAUUACGCAUCUGGCGCUCUCGGUGUGUCUCCUUCUAUGGCGAAUACAUUGACGAGGAUUCCAUCGACUCGCCGCAAGUUCUCAUUGACUCGGCCCGUUCUCUUACAUACAUCCCACCCGAGGAUAUUGAGAGAAUCGCGAAGAAGGCAUUCAAAAUGGUGCAGAUUUUCAGGGAUAAUGGCGGAUACAGACCUGGGGAUUUUGAUCCGGAAGACUGGGUAUUUUAG